UUCGAGUAUCGGCUUUACCAUCGUUUGAUCUCGACGUCUUUCAGUUAGAACUGUCAAUGUUGGAAUCGUUUUGGUUAUAUAUAUGAUUUCGUAGUGAAUGUGAUUAAGAAUUGUUCUUGUUACGGAAGAAAAUUGUUUGUCUUUCAUCAUGUUUAAUCGAAUAUCGAAAUCUCUGUUAACCAAAGAAACGAGGGAUUAUUUAAUGAGCACUCAUUUCUGGGGCCCGGUAUUCAACUGGAUGAUACCCAUAGCGACCAUAUCCGACACGCGAAAGCAUCCAAAAAUCAUUAGCGGCAAAAUGACUGUGGCCUUGUCCUUGUAUUCCAUAGUAUUCAUGCGAUUCGCUUGGAAAGUACAACCGCGAAAUUUGUUACUGUUCGCGUGCCACAUGACUAACACCGGGGCCCAAUUAACGCAAGGUUACAGGUUUGUCGACUACCACUAUAUUCAACAGGAAGAGACCGAUCAGAAGAAGUGAUGUAGGUAAUCAGUAGUCCUGCAAAAAAAUGGUCUGCGCGAUUACAAAUGCAAAACGGCAAAAUUAAUAAAAUUUGUCUCUUUAUAAUUUGUAGGCUUUAAAAUAACCAUAAUUAAAUAUGUACAUGUAUAUAGUAAAAUGACAAUAACAUGACGCCGAUAGAGACAUUUUUAUUCGAGAACAGAGUAAGAAAAAUUAUACGUAAAUUUAGAACACGAGUAUAAAAAAAUCUGAAAAAAAAUCUGAUACAAUCA